AUGGUCACGCUCUUUUUGAGGGAGCGGAAUAGCUACGUUCGAGACGGCUGGCAGCCUGCUGCAGGUCCCAUCGAAUUAUCCUGCUGGCCUAAAAUCAAAAGGCCCGCCGACAUGAGAACGAUUGACGAAAUCUUUGUCGUAUGGAUACCCUCGCUGUUCAUCAGUGUCGCCCAUGUCAGUCUCAGUGAUCACCGCGCUGGCCUGUCGGACAGUUGGCUUGACAUCUGGGAUCGUCUUCAACCGUCGGAAGGUUAUGAAAGGCCCCUGGACAUGGGAAGAAUCAGUCCUGUGUUGAGCAACGCUCUAGAUGAGGAAGAUUCACAUCUAAAAUUCGUCGACAAGUAUGGGCGAGCCACGAUUUGGGAUAGGAGCUACGACCGAUCUUCCAACAGCUCCUCCGUUCUGACUUUGGUCAACGAAUCGACGACUUGCCCACUUCACCCACUACACCAUGAGUGUAUAUUGUCACCUAGGCCUGGCUCUGCCUUCCGACCCCCCCAUCGUUAUAGUCUUGGAGGUAUUAUCGACAGUCUCUGCCAUCCCUUUACUGAAGACACCGUUCACGUUGGCUAUCGUCUUGGACUACUUGCUUCCAUACCUCCCGCCGAGGUGAUGCACAAUUAUCGUAAACGGUACGAUAGCAUAUAUAAAAAGUAGUAGUUCCACACGGGUCCAUGACCUCUAGCGAUGCCCUUGUGGUAGUCGAGGUGAGUCGCAAUGCUUGAGAAACAUAAGAGGUAGCCAAGCCAAUGCCGGAGGACAUGGACGCUUGAUUUCGUGCUGGAGAGACAGCAAUAUAUGAUCGACAGAGUACUUAAAAGCUAUGAAAGAAUGUAGGUAUCUAUAUCCAGCCUCAAGCCUACGUACUAUCCCUUUUCCAUGACCUUCCAG